AUGAAAUUACUAAAUACCAAAAUAAAUGAAAAUAAAAAUAUUGCAAUAGAAUGUUUUCAUAAAUGUUUAUGUGGAAAUCGAAAUACGAAUAGUUUCUCUUCCCACAAUCCAUCAAUUUGUAAAAAAUACAAGAGAAACUUUUCACUAUUAUGCAACAAAAAACAUAAUCAAAAUAAAGAACAAAACGAAAAUAUCAUAAAAAAUUUACCUGCUAUAUAUAAGAAUGAAAUUAAAAGUACAACCGAUAAUGACCAUUUCAAUUGUUGUGGCCAAAUAAAAAAAGGAAUUACUCACGAGCUUAGUGUUAAUAACCAUUCUGAACUCAGUAAAGUAAAAUUAUUUAAAGAAAAUUUGAAAAGGUAUAAUUUAUUCAACAUAUACCUUGAAAAAAUAAAAGCGCCAUUAACAAAGAAAGAACAAGAUCGGCAAAGAAAAAUUAUUAAUAUAAAUAGUGUAAAAUAUUUUGAUGAUUGUAUUUCUAUAUUUAAUAUAGAUUCGUUAUUAAUAUAUGCAAAUCACAAUUUUGAAGAAUUAAAAAGAAAAGGAUGGAGAGGGGAUAAAAAAGAGAAAGAUGUAUAUCAAAGAGUAGAGGUAGAACAUAAUGAAAUAAAGCAUACACAUAUUGGUAACGAAAAUAAUAUUUUUACUUUUUUUAAAAUAUUUAUUCAAUUCAAUAAAAUUUUAAAAGAUUAUUUUUAUCAAAAAAAUGAAGAAAAGUUCAAUGAAAUAUUCUUGGCCACGUUUGAACCUUUCUUACAUUGUAAAUUUUUAGACAAAAUUGAAACUAAUAAAAAUAAAGAAUCAUACGAUGAUAACUUCCAUUUUAAAAUCAUGCAAUUAAUUAAAAUAUUUAACCAUAUUAAUUUUUUUAGUAAAUUAAAAGAUAUAAAUAUUAAUUAUUUACAAAAUAGCUUAAACACCUCACGAAUUAAUGGAACAAAAACUAAUAUGUAUAAAAAAAUCGAAAAAGACGUAUACAAUUCAGUUGAUGAAAAUAAAUUAUUUUAUGAAUACAUGAGUGUUGAUCAAAAUGAUGAAAAUAAGCAUUUUUUAAAAAGUGAUGCCAAUUUUAUAGAUAAUUUAAAUUUAUUUGGGAAAAAAUUAGAUGAAUUACAGCAAAGCGUUAAUUACUUUUCUUCCCCUCAAAAAAAAAAAUAUACACCAUCAUUAGAUAUUCAAACAAAAGAGCGCUCACAUAAUUAUUUCAAUAAAGAGAAAUGUAAUAGUACACAUCCCGAUGACAUAACAUAUGAAAAAGAAAAUUAUAACAUAAGAAAUGAUAGAUUAAAUUGGUAUAUUACUCUAGUUAAAGGUUUUAGUUUAACAUUGAAAAAACUAAUAAAAUAUUUAAAUGAUGAUUGCUUAGUGAGGCUAUUUACCCAUUGCAUUUAUUUGUUUGACAAAAAUUGUAAUGCUAAAGAAGUGUUUCUAUUUUACAAAGAAAUGUAUAUCAAAAUAAAACAAAUGAACAAUAUUUCUAAUAAAAAUCUUGUCUACAUUUUAAAUGCGUGCAACUAUUAUUUAAAGGAAGAAAAUGUGGAUUUAUUAAAAUAUCUGCAAAAUGAAAUAUUAUUAAAUAAUACCAACGUAACAAAUUAUAAUUGCAAUUCUAGCAAUAAGGGAACCAAUUGUGAUGUCAAAAAAAAUAAUAAACGCCCUAAAAUAUAUAAUAUACCCCCAUCUCAUAUAGAAAAUAUUUUAUAUACAUUUUCAAAGUACAAUUUUAAGGAUAAGAAACUGUUUCUAUUAUUUAGUAAAAUUAUAAAGGAAAAAUGUAAUGGAUUUUCGUGCAUAACUACGAUAAACAUUUUAAAUAGCUUUACCAGGUUACAUUUUGAAAAGUUAAUAUUUUAUUGUACUUAUGAAAAAAUUAAAGAGUUUGAUUUUAUAACGUUUAUGAUGUGCAAAGGAACUAAUAUUAUUAAAUUAAUAAAAACUUUAUUAAAAAUUGAAUAUAGAAAUGUAGGGGGUUAUAAACAUUGUUUCUUAAUGAAUAUAUCUCAUAACAUAUCAGGGGGAAAUUGUAAAAGUAAUAGCGCCCCUAAAAAUAGUGCCAACUGUGUAAUACCAAAUGAUGUAGAAAGACAAAUAUAUCCGGAAAAUAAAAUACUCGUAACCGAUAAAAUAACAUAUAUCAAGCUUAUAAUUGCAUUAAUAUAUGAAUUGAAAAUGUAUAUAACUAAUGAAAACAAUAGUUAUGAGAAUGAAAUAUGUGGGCAUUAUAAAGCACGUACAUCUGACCACAACAUAAACGAUGAUGAAAUUCGUAAUAUUUAUAAAAAAAUUCUAAGAUUACAAAUUUUUUAUGUGAAAAGUCAAAAUGAUUUAGUUUUUUUAAAAAAUAUACUUAAAAAAAAUUAUACCAAAUUUGAUAUAAACAAAUUCAAUAAAUUUUUCGUUUUUUCAUUUAUAAAUUCAAAUAUUGAAAAAAUUAAUUUUCAUAAAUUAAUUUUUACACUAUUAGCGUAUAAUAAUUUUAUAGGAGAAAACAAAUUAAAAAGGUAUACAGAAAAAAAAAAAAAAUUUAUAUGA